GGCAGAGAAGCUGUUUAAUUUAGUCAAUGAAUUAAUACAGAGAGCACGGCGAGAUGACCAUCCAAUGCAACUACACCGUUGAGUCCGACAACAUUGAGGGCCAAGAGAAGAAAGCUGUGGCGAAGAGAGGCGGCGUUAUUUCAUCCAUCCUUUGUCGAAUUUCACAGUUUAGGCCAGUCAGUUUGACUAUGCGUGCUCUACGUGGUUUGUGGUGGCUGUUUGGCUUUUCUGCACCAGUAAAGGCCAUCUCUCCACCGGCUGAAGAAAAAGGAGGCUCCCCUAAAGAACGACAGUGCAGAACGGUUCGAAAGCGUCUCCGCAGGGCCACGCGCCUGCUGUUGGCCAUCCUGCCCCGACGCAUCCAGAGCGCUCUGGGUUACCCGGUCUGCACCAGCAUUGGCUGUGCUGUGUCCCCAGAGGUGCGUUUUUCGCCGACCAAACCCUGUGGCAAAGGCAGUAAGAGAAAGCAGGACGACCUGGACGAAGAAGAGGAAGCAGAGCAGCAGUCAUGGGUGGAGGCACUUAACCAGGAGAUUGCCGAGGAAGAUCAUGCAGCCGAUCCAGAUUAUGAGCCUGGCGCACUUGAGACGGAUAGUGAAGAAUACCGGUCACGCAAUGACACUGAGAGCGACUUGGAAAUAGAGAAGGGUGUCGUGGUGAUCAAAGACGUGGACACGGCUGUUUCUCCAGAGGCCUAAUGAUGGCAGUGUGCACUAAGACUUGCGCACAUCAGGAAUGUUGUGUUAGUGGCAUGAUCUUUUCCUGGCGGAUCUCUUGAGCGCUUAAUAGUAUGAUUGUUGUCUUCUGAUGUCAAGUUCUAAUGUUAAA